AUGAAUGGAUUAAUUGGCAAUGGAUCUGCAAUUGAUCUUUCGGAUAUAGCAAAGAAUCUACACACUAAGAUGAUCACAGAUGCAAGUAGACAGUUAUAUACACAAAAGGAAUUACAAGAUUUGGUCGGGAUCAACACAUUAAGUGAAUUAAUGAGUAACAUCCAAGAAUUGUUAGAUAGAAAUCUGAUUAAAUUGAUCAAGCAAAAUAAUGAAUUGAAGUUCCAAGCUGUCGAAAGGGCUGAAGCUGAAAAGAAAUCUACCAUGUCAGCAGAGGAAGCUCUAGUUUAUUCUCAUAUUGAAGCCAGUGGUAGAGAAGGUAUAUGGACUAAGACGAUUAAAGCUCGUACUAAUUUGCAUCAACAUGUUGUUUUAAAGUGUCUGAAGUCAUUAGAAUCCCAAAGAUAUGUUAAGAGUGUCAAGAGUGUAAAAUAUCCUACUAGAAAAAUUUAUAUGUUGUAUAAUUUGCAACCAUCGAUUGAUGUUACUGGUGGACCAUGGUUUACUGAUAGUGAAUUGGAUGUCGAAUUUAUUAAUAGUUUAUUGACUAUUAUUUGGAGGUUUGUUUCUGAAAAGACCUUUCCAAAUGGAUUCAAAAACUUCUCUGAAGGUUUUAAAAGUUCACAAAUAUAUGCACCAAAUGUUAAAAACUACUCAACUGUGGAAGAAAUAUUGGUGUUUAUUAGUAAAGCACAAGUUGCAAAUGUUGAAUUAUCAACAGAUAACAUUAGAGCAUUAUGUGAAGUAUUAGUAUUUGAUGAUAAAUUAGAGAAACCUGAAUUUGACUGUUAUAAAGUAACAUUGCAAAGUGUUUUACAAAUGACUAACUCAACAAAAUUAGCUACUCAAAGCUCAAAGGAAGGUAUGAAUGAUGAUGAUGAUGAGUUUUCAAUUUUCCAAUACUACGGAUAUUUGCCAGCAUCACAAAAUGAUAAAGAAGCAGUCUUCUUCGAUGAAUGGACAUUAUAA